AUGAAUAUCGAAAAUUAAUUAAGGGAAGAUUACAUUCAUGAUUUUCAUACUUUUCUUAGAAAAAAUGAAAUGGCAACUAAAUAAAAAGUUAAAGCAACUCUCAUUCCUUCACCAUGGCAACCCAACCAUCCGUUUAGAUUAGUUUGGGACAUUAUUUCGAUGUUGUUUAUAGUAAUUCAAAUGAUGAUCAUACCUCUAAUUUUAUCCUUCGAGAUAGUUGAUGAGAGAACGUCCUUAUUCAUGGAAAUAAUGGAUGAUUUCUUCCUAGCGGAUAUUCUUAUUCAAUUCAAUUGUGCUAUCUAUAUUGAUGGUAAAUUGAUAUUAAAAAGAUCAAGCAUCAUUUGCAAUUACCUGAAAUUCUGGUUUUGGUUGGAUCUAAUUAGUUCAUUGCCUUACGAUUAUUUUGUUGAAGGAGGCAACGUGUAAGUGAUUAGAAUGUUGAGAUUCUUUAAGUUUCUUAAAGUAAUCAAAAUGAUUAAAGCCUUUAAAUUGAAGCUCUUGAUCAGAAGAUUGGAGACAUUUCUAGGAAAUGACUUCUCGUCCUUUAUGGAAUUCAUCAAACUAACUUUUAUAAUUGUAGUGUUGGCUCAUUGGAGUGCUUGUAUAUUUAAUUUGACAAAUCAAGACGACUAUGAUUACUUAACAUCCUUCUAUUUCACAAUUACCACUAUGAUCACUGUAGGCUACGGAGAUGUUCAUCCAUAGACUGCCGAAGAAUAAAUUUAUGCUAUUUUCGCAAUGAUUUUGGCUUCAGGUGUUUUUGGAUAUGCAGCAAAUAGCAUGAUAUCCAUUUUUCAAUAUCAAGAUCCAUAAUUAUCAGAAUUGAUCAUGAAACAAUAAAUCAUCAAUAAAUACACGAAAGCCCAUGGUUGCGCGAGUCAUUUAAGACUUAAAAUUCAAAAUUAUUUGGAAUGGGUAGUAGAAAAUGAUUAUGAAGUAAGAUCCUCAUUAAUCAUUUGCGACCUAUCUGAAGAAUUAAGAAACUAAGUCAUCACUCAAAUGAACCUCAGAUUCUUCAAAACACUCCCUGUCACAAUGACUAGAGCCAUCAAAUUAAAUGAAUAUAUACUUCCGCCAGAAACUAAAAUUGAUGACCAGCAUCAUAUUUAUUACAUUAUUCAAGGUAAAGUAGCAGUCAUGGCCAAUAACAUACAUCUUGGAUACGUAGAAUAAUGUUUUGGAAUAGUUAAUUUCUUUUCUAAUAUUGAACGAACUGCUGAACUCGUAACUACUGAAACUACUAAUUUAGUCAAGUUGUCUAGGUAACAAUUCUUGCAAUAGUUGAAUUACGAGCAAUUCUAAAAAUUUCAUAUGAUAAAACAAAGACUAGAAAAUAAUGAUUAUCUAGAUUUAGAUAUCAAAUGUUUUGGUUGCAAACGAAAAGGCCAUGUAAUUAAAUUACGGAGACCCAAAACGAAAUUCUUAAGAACUCGGAAUUAGAAGUAAAGAACUAUAUAUAAUCAAUUUUUAAUUGAAUAUUACUAAAUGAUGUAAGCAAGAAAAAUUAAAUCUUAAAAAAUAGUCUUUUAAAAAGAAGAGAUUCAGUAACCUAUGAAUUAGAAUGUUGAUAUUGAUCAAAUCAAAAAUUAUAUUCAUUUUGACCCUGAAUGGAAUAUCAAUGAAGUUUUAUAAGAGUAUCGCUUAAGAACAAUUUAUCGAUAUUGCUAAGUUCUGAUAAAAAAGAACCUAAAGUUCUUAAUUCGUUAGAGCCACUAAAAGUGUAAUAAUGUAAAACGAUUUCGUUUGAAGACUGAGAUCAAACCAAAGUAUAUAGAUAAAUAUAAAGAUGAAAAAAUGUAACACAAGAUAAUGGAUUGA